AUGCGCCUACCUAUGUGGAAUCAGGUGCGCUCUGUAUCUACAUUGGAGGGGAACCCUCACAUUUUUGUGUUCCCCAAUGCUGGCCCAGGCGACUCUCAUAUCCUCUCGCUCCUACCAUCCGAACCUGUCAAUGCAGAUCUUGCCAUAGGAGUAACUUCUAAACUGCCACCUACCCCAGAUUCAGUCAGAGAGAACCCCAAGUUCCUCACCAUCCUCCAGGAAGUCUGUUCGAAGCACGCGCACGAGGACCCCGAUGCCCAGUCUCAAGCACAGCGUGCGAAGAGACGGCGCGCUGAGGUAGGCGACUCAGCCGGCGGUGCCAGUGGCCAGGGUGGUGCGGGAUCCGCUGGUCGUGGUGGCUGGAUUCAUAUUUCAGACAAUAGGCGGCCACCUGAGUAUGGAAGGAUUGCUUGGCCAGAGGACAUUUUUGGAAGUCUUGAAGUCGAUGGCCACGGUCAAUUCGUUGGUGAAAAUGGGAACUAUCAGUCCAGUGGUACUUACAGACUCGUGACUCGGGAGGGAAUCUUGGGACUGAGUCCCUUCCUCAAAGAAAAGCUUGUGCAAAGGUUGCGAGAACUUGAGAAACAGUAA